CCCACCAAGCUACUCAAAUUGAAGCAUUAAGAAGAAUGGAAGUCAAGAAAAAAUUUUUUGGAAACAUUAGCUGUUGUGAAAAUGAAACGGGAGUGUCCUUCAAUAUUGACUUUGACUAUUCGGUAAGUAGCGCGCAACUUGCCAGACAACCUGCGGCGUCAAUAUUUGCUCUUGCUCUCCUCCUCCUCUUCGUCUCCUCGUGUGGGGUUGCCCACUCUGCGUGUCAUCCACAAAAAUAGACGCUGAUGACAAACAGUCCGGUGACGUGUAUCGGAGGGAGAAGAAGGAGAGCUCCGGUGGCGCGGCGGCGGUGCUGCCCGGACGCUCACCCCGAAUUGCAGAGCCCUUUUGCGGGCGCUUCGCCCUCCCCUCACCCCCUUCCCUCCUCAACCAUGAAGCGGCAGAACGCCCGCACCUUGGCGCUCAUCGUCAGCAUCCUCACCUACCUGGUGGUGGGCGCCGCCGUGUUCGAGACACUGGAGUCCCGUGAGGAGCGCGGCCACAAGCGGCGGCUGGAAGUGCGGCGCCAAGAUAUGAUGCGUAAAUUCAACCUGAGCCGGGACAACUUCGACGAGCUGGAACAGGUUGUCGCCCAGCUGCGCGCGCACAAAGCGGGCGUGCAGUGGCGCUUCGCUGGCUCCUUCUACUUCGCCAUCACUGUGAUUACCACUAUAGGCUACGGCCACGCGGCCCCGGGUACGGACUCGGGAAAAGUCUUCUGCAUGUUCUACGCCCUACUGGGCAUCCCGCUCACCCUCGUCAUGUUCCAGAGUCUGGGCGAGCGCAUCAACACGUUGGUACGCCACCUGCUACACCGAAUCAAGAAGUGCCUGGCCCUACGCCACACCGAGGUCUCCAUGGCCAACAUGGUGGCGGUGGGCUUCCUCUCCUGCGUGGGCACCCUGUGCAUGGGGGCAGCCGCCUUUUCUCGUAGCGAGGGCUGGAGCUUCCUGCACGCUUUCUACUACUGCUUCAUCACGCUCACCACCAUCGGCUUCGGCGACUACGUGGCGCUGCAGCGGGACGACGCGCUGCAGAAGGAGCCGCGCUACGUGGCCUUCUGCUUCGUUUACAUCUUGACGGGCCUGACGGUCAUCGGCGCCUUCCUCAACUUGGUGGUGCUGCGGUUCCUCACUAUGAACGCCGAGGAUGAGCGAAGGGACGCCCUGAGGCAAGGGGCCCCGCGGAACGCCGGCAAGUCCGCUUCGGAGAUGGCGUGCCUGGUGCCGCCCGCCGCCUCCGCGCCAUCCACGCCUAAAGCUAAAGAUGUCUACAGGGAGGUGCUGCACUUCCAGACCAUCUGCUCAUGCCUGUGGUACCGCAGCGAGGACAAGCCAUUAGGACGCUCCCACGCCGUCCCCCAGGAACUGGGCUUUUCUAACGCUGACCCGCCGCGGGACAGGACACGUUACGUCAAGACGGCGACCACGGGUUGCGUGUGUACGCCGCGCCGGCGCUCCAAGAAGCGCCUGGACAUUCUCUCGCCAUUACGACUAUUUAUUAGGCGCAGCUCCGUGUAGCGGACAAAAGUAAACUUCAACUUGUGGUGCUAAGCAAACUAACAGGCAGUGAACAUCUGGACAACCAACUUGAAACAAGCAGAGAAUGGUGUGCCCCGAAUGGAAACGAUACAAGAACGAUUUGAAAACGGGCCACAAAAGGACUCAAAAGAAACAUCCAAGAUGCAGUGAUGCACUUUUGUGCCAUGAAGUAACAUUUUCAAUCAUCGCAAUGGUUGCUCAA